GCUAUAUCACGGAGGCGAAUGGUUUACGGUAUAAAAAAAGACUGUUACAUCGGAGAGAGGGAUUCUCGUCGGAGCACAGAAGCAAUUGCAAAGGGAGAAGAAAAAGCCUUUAUAGCACUUUUGGCACCAGCGGAGCCCAGCUCUCAACCAUCAGAUACGCUCCUUGAGCCCUCUCCUGUCUCUCGUUAUCCCUGUGUGUCAAUUCAUUUGUGCGGUCCAAGUCAAGUCAGAUCGCACUCCGUUGAAAUGCGAGCAUCAUAAUAAAGACAGCGCGCCUUCGAUAGAGGGGACAGAGACAUAUUUAUGCAAGUGUGUGAAAGUGUUCGACAGCGAGCAGGGGACAGCAGAGGAGCACCAGCCGGCGCGGAAUGUGUUUGGAGAGCAGCUAAAACCGAGACAGAGCUGCGCUGCCUCUGGAGUCGCCUUUAGUCUGGGGACAGAAACCUAAAAUAAAAUGGGCGCUGGCAGCGUGGACCUACUGGUCACUCUCCAGAUCCUGCCCGGUUUCUUCUCCAACUGUUUGUUCCUCGCGCUCUACGACUCGGUGGUGCUGGUGAAGCGCCUAGUGUCCUUACUGAGCUGCUCGGGCAGCGGCGGGGGAGAGUGGCAGCGUAUGCUGACCUCGGCAGGGCUCCGGUCCAUAUGGAACAGCUUCCUGCUGGAUGCAUAUAAACAGAUCUGUCAUGGGGAGGCAACACCCAACUCCAAAGUGGUCAAGGUUCCUGGUAGCUUCCGCGGCGGAGCAGCUGACCACCACCACGGGCCCUCAUCCCGGGACGAGUGCCGCCUGCUGGACUUUGAGUCGUCGGACCGCCCUCUUGUGGUGAACUUCGGCUCGCCACCUGACCUCCUUCAUCAGCCACCUGCCCCCUUCCGCGCGCUGGUGGAGGAGUUCUCAGACGUGGGCUUCCUGCUGGUCUACAUCGACGAGGCCACCCUCGGACGCUGCGGUGGCGCCCCGCCAUGGGCCCGCGCUCCUUCCGAGCCGCCGCACGCCAUUAGAUGGCACCGCUCCUCCAACUUUCAUAACCUGCGCCUCAGCGCCCACAUCGCACGCCCAUUAGGGCGCCGCGUCUCCGGCUCACGAUGGGAGGCGCGUCACCCCGCGCUCUGCCACGCGGCCCACGCCGCCCCGCUGCCACCCUAUCCGCUGGCACCACCGCCCCCGCACUUAGCCCCCCCUACAGAGCACGACUCCAGCCCGACGCCGCAGGCUGCAAAACUACCCUCUACAGUCCCUUGA